CGUCUCGAACUCGCACUGACCCUGACGAGCUUCCAAAGUUUCGAGAGCAUAAUAGUGUAGAUGUGAUUGCACGUGACGCCUUCCAUGGCUGCGGGAUUACCCGGGGGCAGCUCGAGCGUCUCUCAGUAGGCACGAGCCAAUCAGCAAUUGCCAAUUGCAAGAGGGACGGCAAGAGGCAGCGCUCGGACCAGGAGCUGGGGCCACCGGGAGCACUGGAGCCAAGCAAGAAGCUCGGUUUACCCGAUUUUUGAUCGAGAAAGCUUGCUCAACGUCGCGCCAUAUCACCAACCUACCGACAAGACCACCGCAACCUUCUUCUCGCCGCCACCCCCGCGAUUUUCAAAAUGGGCUUCUGGGACGCUGUCACCGACCUCAUCGACGCCGCCACUCCGUGGGCCACCGUCGAGGCCGAGGCCCCUGCCGAUACCCCGGCCGAGACUGCCCCUGCUUCCGAGAGCACUGAGGAGACCACCGCCGAGACCAAGGCUGAGGAGUCCGCCCCCGCCGCCGAAGAGCCCGAGGAGGAGGCUGAGGAGGAAGAGGAGGAGGAGGAGGACGAGGAUGAGAUCGUCGACCCCAAGGAGACUCUCGAAGAGGAGUGCCGCAACUCGAAGGAGUGCGCUCCGGCCAAGCACCACUACGAUGAGUGCGCUGCCCGCGUCACCGGCGCUGGCGCUGACAACAAGGAGGACUGCGUUGAGGAGUUCUUCCACCUCGUCCACUGCGCCACCCAGUGCGCCGCUCCCAAGCUCUGGAACACCCUCAAAUAAGCGAUCGAUCUCCCUUGACGGUCGUUUCGCAUUCCUGAUGCGCCUGCGACUUUCUUGACCCAACGCUCGGCAGUCCCGAUGACGAAAAAAGCGACCCCUCGAACGACAACAAGGGUGCAGUCCGGUGGAGCUAUUUGUUUGCAUGGAGACAAUGGGGCGUUUCACGAUAGACAAGAUACACGAAGGAAACAACCAACGUACGUUCAAUCGUUACGAUGACGACCGGGAAUAGAAAGCAAUUAGGAUCCAAUCGCCAAAAGUUCAAAAUCAUCCAGCAGCCAUCAUGGAAUACGAACAGAGACGGGAAAGCGAAAGAGUGCCAGGUGAAAAAGGGGAGGAAAAGGACUAAGGGACUU